GGCUCUGCCUCCCGCCCCCCGGCUCGAGCUCUGAGCCGCCCAAGAUGGCGGCGGCAACGGCGGCUGCGAGGUCUACCCGAGGGGGCCUGCGGUCCCUGCGGUGCUUACUGCUGGGCCGCCCACCGCAUCCCGGGCGGAUACCGACGCGGGGGCUCCGCGCAGGAGUAUCCCUUCACCAGCAGGAAGAGUUUACCUCUUUGGAGGAGAAGCCACAAUUCCCUGGUGCUUCAGCUGAGUUUGUAGACAGGCUUGAAUUCAUCCAGCCCAAUGUCAUUUCGGGGAUUCCCAUCUACCGGGUCAUGGACCGACAGGGGCAGAUCACCAAUCCCAGUGAGGACCCUCAGCUCCCCAAAGAGCAAGUGCUGAAAUUCUACAAGAGCAUGACACUUCUCAACACCAUGGAUCGAAUCCUCUAUGAGUCCCAGAGGCAGGGCCGGAUCUCCUUUUACAUGACCAACUAUGGGGAAGAAGGCACGCACAUUGGCAGCGCAGCUGCUCUUGACGACACCGAUCUGGUGUUUGGGCAGUACCGUGAAGCAGGUGUACUGAUGCAUAGAGGAUACCCUCUGGACCUGUUCAUGGCACAGUGCUAUGGCAAUGCCAGCGACCCCGGGAAAGGCCGACAAAUGCCCGUGCACUACGGCUGCAAAGAUUUGCACUUUGUUACCAUAUCAUCCCCACUAGCUACACAGAUCCCACAAGCUGUCGGCUCUGCUUACGCAAUUAAGAGGGAGAACACCAACCGGAUUGUGAUCUGCUACUUCGGGGAGGGUGCAGCCAGUGAGGGCGAUGCCCAUGCAGGCUUCAACUUUGCCGCCACCCUUGAUUGCCCCAUCAUUUUCUUCUGUCGGAACAACGGCUAUGCCAUCUCCACCCCAACAUCUGAGCAAUACCGGGGCGAUGGGAUUGCUGCACGCGGUCCUGGCUAUGGCAUCCAGUCUAUCCGGGUGGACGGCAACGAUGUCUUUGCCGUGUACAACGCCACCAAGGAGGCCCGUCGCCGCGCUGCUGCAGAGAACCAGCCAUUCCUAAUUGAAGCCAUGACCUACAGGAUUGGGCACCACAGCACAAGCGACGACAGCUCCGCCUACCGCUCGGUGGAUGAAGUCAACUAUUGGGACAAGCAAGACCAUCCUAUCUCUCGUCUCCGUCACUAUAUGGUAGGCCGAGGCUGGUGGGAUGAGGACCAGGAGAAGACCUGGCGGAAGAAAUCCCGCAAGAAGGUGAUGGAGGCCUUUGAGGAGGCUGAGCGCAAGUUGAAGCCCAGCCCUCAGUUCCUCUUCUCGGAUGUCUACUGCGAGAUGCCCUGGCACCUCCAGAAGCAGCAAGAAUCCCUGGAGCGCCACCUCAAGCAAUAUGGCGAGCACUACCCCCUGGCCCACUACGAGAAGUGACUCUGCAGCCCUGGACUAGGUCCUUGCCUCCUUGCUCUCCAGCAACUGGGAUCUGUAGGAAACCUAGUUCAAACCGAUUUGUAGAGAGAAAAGCAGCUUCCUGUUCUUUGCAACCCCUUCCUUGUCACAGUAGUGAUGAUUUGAAGAAGAAGAUUCAGUUGCUAAGGGGGAAUUGCUGCUGAGUACUUCUGGAUGAAUGGGGUGAGGAGCCAACAUCUAUAAGCCAUGUCCUUGGGUCCUCCCAGUGGCUUCCAACCAGCCUGUGGAAGCUGUCUACUGAUGGUUAUUUUACCCAACUUAAAAAAUCUGUUAGUUGCACACAGCCUAUUUAAAGCACAGUAUCAGUUCAUAGCUCUCCCGCUGUGGAUGUGAAUUGCCUUAUCUCUGCUGCUUCCCUUACUGGGGCUCUUUUCCUGCUCCCAUAACCUUGCUUCAGAAGUAAAGCUGCAAUGUCUGAACUGGUGUCCUCUCUGGGAAGCAAACUCUGCAUCCCUGGAUAGUGUCUUUUGGGUGAUAAAUUAUAUCUGUUAGGAUGCAGACAUCAACCUCAAACUUGUCCCCAGUUGAUUCACUGCAACACUUUAAGGGUCUGUCUUGGGAUUUUAGCAGCUAGGGAGACAGCAAUUAAAUGGUGUACAUUACAGGCUGCCUUUAGCAGUGAAUGAAAUGGGUGCUGGGAAGCAUGUUUGAUUGGUCUUUUUUUCCUGAGCCCUUUCCCUGAUCAAAGGGUGCCUAUUUCCAGCACCUUUGCAUGGGGGCAGAGUUCUCUUGGUCUGUUACAAUCAAAAGCUGUUACUGCUGAAAGCAAUGGUUAUGUUGGGGCAGCAGGGAGUAACAAGUUCAAGCGCUCUAAUCGGGACCGGUGUAUGUAUAAACAAUGGGGCAAGUUGGGAUAUAAAUUAAAAAAUAUAUGGGCAUUUGCCUGUAUGUGUUA